AAGAGGCUCCGUGCGUAACGCAGGGACAGCGCUGGAUCCACACGGGCCAUUGCUGCGCAAACCAUGAGUGUUUGGUAGUGUGUGUUGUUGUUUUUCUUGGAGACGCCAUAUGUACUCUCUUCAACGCACAUCUUUCUUCUGCAAACAUGUCUUUUUUAGCCAUACCAAGUCAAGAGGGUGCUUUUACCACGAUUAAAAAUGGCAAGUCAGCCAAGGGGGAAGAGGGUAAGUCCCGCUUGGACGACGAGGAUAAUGAUGAGGAGGAUGCAGAUGAUGACACCGAGAAUGUUCAUCUCAUCCCGAGGUGUUCCCCAGUACCCAGAAGACGAGGGCAGUCCAUUUUCGAUGAAACUGCUGAAUAUAUGCGUAUCCAAGCGGCGCUGCCGGCCGGAAAGAGGGUGUUAUUUGCCGAUACAACAGGUGGGGAUCUGAUCGACGUGAAGGAAUUUAUUGCCUUUGACUCGGAUGAUGAAGAGGACGAUGCAAGAUGGGAGGAAGAGGAGGCAAAGUAUCGAAAGCCACAGAAAGAGCCGACGUAUAUUGUGCAACCAGAGUUUAACGCUCCCACCGGCAGUGCCCUGCUGCAGGCUGUGCGCACUAAUAAAGUGGAGGUUGAGCAGAUUUCCCCCGUGGAGGGUGAGCCACUUGCCUUUACUGGGGUAGUACGAGUCCUGAGCAUCUCUUUCCAAAAAUCAGUUUAUAUCAGAUCGACCAUGGACAAUUGGGCUACUUACUUUGAUUAUCCAGCAGAUUAUGUCCAGGAUUCCUAUGAUGGGGAAACUGAUCAAUUCACCUUCAAGCUAUCUUUUGCACCACCUUACAUCACACAUGGCUCUCGCAUUGAGUUUGUCAUCCGAUAUGAAACCGCUGAUGGUGAUUUCUGGGCCAAUAACUCUGCUAUGAAUUAUGUGGUAACUCUGCUCCUGUCCUAUGACGACGAUUCAGCUCAAUCAAACAUGGACCUGCAACAACCUAAAGGGAUCCUGAGACCCCCAAAAGAUUACAGUAUGGAACCUGAUUACGAUUCAGAGGAAGAGCUGGAAAAGAUUACCGCAGAUGAAGCACGGGCCUCCAAUUCAGGAAUUGUUCGACCUACGCCUGUCUGCCCAGUCAUCAUACAGCCUGAGAUUGAUAUAGAGCUCAUUGAAGCUUCAGCAACAACUUAGAUUGCAGUUCACCCGUCUGGUCCCCCUAUCCCAUCCAACCAAGAGCUUCCAUCUGUUGAUGGCGCACUGUCCGCUCACACUGUAUCCCCAGGUGAACAAUUCCCUUGUAUGUCGUCCGAAACCACACCUCAAACUAAUUUAUCCUUUGUACUCAGUGCCAGUGAAUCAGUCCAACCAAAUAAGUCACAGCCUUUACCCAGACUCCACUGUGAAUUAGACAACCAGACCUCAGAGCAGCCCAUAGACAGUAGUCCCUCUGCACUCCUGUCUGCCUCAACUCCUUCUGUACAACAAGAGUCAAGGCCGAGCCCAGACAGCUCCCAGGCUGAGGAGGAAAUCCAUCUUCCAGAGACAAAUCUGUGGCUGACAGGAGCGGACAGAUCGACCGACAGCCCGGCCAGUUGUCCUUGUCUUGAACUACCGGCUGAGUCUGUCUCCUCUCCCAGUGUGACCCCACACUUUGAGCAAGACGUUGCAGUGGGAUUGAGUGAGCUUGUUGCAGGAUUAUCAGAAGAUUCCACCGGGCCUGCAGCACAUCACGAAGGCAGUACGAAUGCGCUCUCAUCUCCCCUGGCAGAAAAUCUGGCAUCUCUGGGAGCAGAAGGUGAAGCUCCACUCUCACCUGAACUCACAGAGAGCGUCUCAGUCAGCGUAGGUGUCACUGAGGUGAGCCAAAAUGUAGCUCAUCAUUCUGUCUCGACCCGGGAGGAGCAGGAAGACGCUCCCCAGAUUUCCCCUGACAUGUUAUUAGAGAAUCUACCUAGCACAGAGUCAGAGGCUCAGUCUGAGCGUAGCGUAAACAGAAAUCUGAUGCCAUCCAUCAUCUUCCUGAGCGGAGUUGUCUCCUUCUCGAUAGUGUUUCAGGAACCGAGUGCCCUCUUCAUUAUGGGACUGCUUUUGGUCUUGAAUCGUUUGUGAAUAUGCCAAAAUAGUUCUGUCUAAUCUGCUCUCCAGUUAAGUGCCUUUUCAUGAUUCCAAAGUAAGCCAACAAGUUUAAAAAAAACAAAACCUGUGUCUCCUGUCGUUGGGUAAUUGUGGUUAUUUCUAUGUUAGGUUUUAAUUGUGUGAGUUUUGAAAUUAAUAUAUGUUUUCAUCAAAUGAAAAACAAAUGGGGUUCAAUUUAUGAGUAUUUCCAUGCAAAGUCCAAUGCAAGGACUAAGUAAUUAUAAAAAAUAUUGAGGAUAUUUUCAUGCAUUUUGUCAAAAAAUCUGCUGAUAUAUUGCACACUACAGAGGAUGUGACACAAAAACAAGUGUUAAGAAAUAGAAGUAGUUUAUUACUCCACUUCAACAUUGUGAUUGGUAGUAUCCAGUAAUGUGUGCACUAUUAAAGCCCAGAAUAUUGUCAGAGAUGUUUUUGUAAGUGGUUUGUAAUUACUUUUUCCUCACUCUGUGGAGAUCGUGUACAAGGUGUUGUAUUCUGCUUUAAUUGAUCAGCACCA